AUGUGUUAUUUAUGCCUUAAAAGGGGUAACCAUUUGGCAAAAAAUUGCUUUUCGAAGAUAAAGUGUGAUUCAUGUGGGUGGAAACACAACAGUUUAAUCUGUGACAGAAAUAGUUUAGAUGAGAAAAAAUCAAAUAAGAAGGAUCUCAAUUUGACGAACAAAUCAUGUUUAGAGAAAGUUUUAUUACAAACUUUAGUUGUAAGAGUGCGUGGCAAUGGUCCAGAAAAAUACUGCCGCUGUUUAAUUGAUUCUGGGAGUCAACGAAGCUAUGUAUCUAAAUUCUUAGCUAAUGCUAUGCAGUACGAAUGUAUUAACGAAAGCAGUGUGAUUCAUAGUCUGUUCGGAGGAACUGAAGUGGUUGAAACUCAUAAACAGUUCGUUGUACGUUUAAGUAGUAUCAAAAACGAUUAUCAGUGUAACUUCAAAGCUUUUGAUCAAGCGAAUAUUUGUUCUGAUAUUCCACAAUUGAACAUCAAGCCUUAUUUAAAUGAGUUAAAAACCCAUAACAUAUUUUUGAAUGAUGUUGAAGGCGCAGACAUAGCGGGAAAAUUGCUUACAGGGAAAAUAAAGAAGUUAGAAUGUGGAUUAGUUUGCAUUGAAACUUAUUUAGGCUGGAGUAUCAUGGGGAAAAUUCCCGUAGAAAUGGAAAAUAAAUAUGAUUGUUCUUAUGCAUUUUCUAUAGAUGAAGAAGGAAGGUUUCAAGUUUGUUUACCUUGGAUUGAAAAUCGUUCCCUACUUCCAAACUAUCGAGAAAUAGCAGAAAAGAGAUUAAAGAGUACAGUGAAGAAUUUAAGGGAUGGGGGAUUUUUAGAAGAUUACAACGCAAUUUUUAAAUCUUGGGAAGAUGAUAAAAUAAUAGAGAUUGUUCCUGAGGAAGAAGUUAAUAACCCCUCUCAUUAUUUACCCCAUCGUGCUGUUAUUCGAAUGAAUUCCACCACGACAAAAAUAAGACCGGUUUUCGAUGGAUCCGUAAGAACUAAAGGAUCACCCUCCGUAAAUGACUGUUUGGAAAAGGGUCCAAAUUUGAUUGAUACUGUUCCAGCUAUAAUAAAUAGAUUUCGACUGGGAAAAAUUGGCGUUAGCGCUGAUAUUAAGAAGGCUUUUCUGCAGAUAGCACUUAAUCCUAAAGACAGAGAUUAUUUAAGAUUUUUAUGGUGGGAACAGGGAAAUUCUGAGCGUUUGAAAAUAUACAGGCAUAGAAGAGUGGUCUUUGGAAUAACCAGCAGUCCAUUUCUCUUAAAUGCAACACUAACGAAAUUAAUGAAUGAAGUACCAGAAAAUUAUCGUGCGAGUGCUAAUAAAUUAGUAGAAUCCUGGUACGUUGAUAAUUUAGUUACAAGUGUGAAUGAUGAAUCAGAAUUAAAGAAGUUAAAAAAAUGA